AUGAAUUUCACGAAUUUUAAUUUGUUAAUAUUGUUUUUCAAUUUAGAAAAGGUAUCACAAGAACUUCAUGAUCUCGCUGAACAAUUACGAAAAGCUCGAAUCGAUGACGAUUUUGUUGAAACUGAUCUUCUUACAUGGACAAAGAUUUUAGAAGAACUUGAAUAUAAUAUUAAUAAUAUUUCUUCUUCGACGGCUAUUCAUGAAGAUCCAACAAAAUUACUUGUGGCUAAAAUAUCUAUUGAUGCGACUAUGCAACAACACUUAGAAGAUGAACGAUUUGGGAAAUCAAUGGGAAAUGUUUGCAUUGCAGAUAGUGGUCAUUUGGCUUAUCAUCUUGGACCCGAGAGAAGUGAUGCAUUUGUGUGUGGGAAGCAGGAAUAUUCAUCAGGCAAAUAUAAAAUUCAAUUCAUUAUGAAUAAGAAAAAUUCAAUAUGUGUUACGUCGUUUAAUAUUAUUUCCAAAAGUACGUCGAUAGCUACAAAUGAAUUCAUUGUAGAAGAAUCAAGUUACGGUUGGUACAGCAACGAUGACAUUUGUUGUGGUGGUGCUGACUUGUCAUCCUAUAAACUUCGUCAUGAUAUGAAAGGUGAAACAACAAUUGAAAUCGAACUUUUACUUGAUUGUGAUAAUCAGAAAAUAAGUUAUUUCAAUGAACGAACGAAAAAUAGACGUGCAAUGAAUGUUAAUAUUAGAAAAUGUCCAUUUCCUUGGCAGUUACUAUUUUAUCUAUAUGAUGUCGAAGAUUCUGUUCGACUUGUAUCUUCAACGAAAUUACUGUAA